AUGAGCACUCCAUCCACGCCUGUAGUUGCGUCAGCAGUAUUGCACAACAAUGACGCUGCUACCUUACCCGACGCCUUACGCAGUGGCAGCAGCAACAACAACAACAACAACAACAACAACACUAGCAUCCCCAUAGCUUCGAACGACAGUAACAGCACCAAGUCAAUCAGGAAAAGUCACGAUUAUUCUCAAACAAACCUAGAUAAGCCAUCAACUCCAUCUCCUCCGAAUAGAAAACGUGUGUCAGCAUCGUUUCUCAAGACUCCAGAACAACCAAAAGACGCAAGCAAGAGAUAUUCUGCAUCUUCAACAGCAACCACUUCACUACCUUAUACUCCAUCAUACAAACGAACUAGUACUGGAUCAUACAAGUCACCAGAUGGGAGAUUGGUGUACCACAAUGUCAAUUCGCCAUUUAGUGCAGCUCAUUUAUUGAAAACACCACGACAUUCAGCCAUUGAAGACUCACCUACUGGCGAGGAAGAUGAAGACGGGCGUAGGCUCAAGAUGAUGAAAACUCCACAGUACUUGGGGAACACGGCAAAGAAGUUGUUUCAAGGUGAUGAUGGAAGCCCCAAUGGUGGAGGUAACAAACGAGACGAUUUGACGGAAAUAAGUUCACAAUUAAGAAGCAAAUUGAGUUCGGCAUUGGGGAAAUUGCAAAAGGACGAUUCAAGCCACAAUUCCAAAAUCUCAUUUACUGAGCUAUCCUUUGAUUCGCAAACAUCCCCAACGAGAAAACAUACCCCAAAGAGACAUUCAGCUUUGGGAAACAAUUGGGUACCGACAAAUACCCUACAAAGAGCCAAUCUCAAUCUACAAACAUUACAACAAUCUCCCAUAGCCAAAUCUACCAAUUCGUCACCCAGAUUAGAACAAACAGGUUUCAGAUCAAACACAAACUCACCAUUAAAGACCUCGCCCAUAUUGAAAGGUGACAACAGGAAAAGCUGGUCACGUUUGAACGAUAUGCCUUCACCAGAUGAAGAAACGAGUGCACAUUCGGCGUUAUUAGCUGCCUUAUCGCGACAACGUAGAAAAUCGCGAUCCUCUUUUUCCAACACCGACGCCAAGCGGAAUUCAAUAACAGCAGAAGGACCACCAGCGUUACAAAUCACAACGGCGCAAAAGGAAAUCAAACUACCGCCUCUCAAUGUCGCUUUGAAUGGAGAGUACAAUAAUUCCCAAAUAAAAGGAUUUCCUGGAAAAGAUAAUGAGCAAGAUGCAGUGAUAUCAUUGAUGUCAUUGGCAUCGCCACAAUCUGCAAAGUAUGCCCAUUCACGAAGUCAGAGUUUGAACAGCAAUGGCAACUUUCCAUCCAAUGGACCUAUUACUGCUAGUGCUGCUGCAGUAGCAGCAGCUACAGGAGCAACUUCGUCUGGUCCGUUUGGGGAUAAUGUCGCUUCACCAAUUUCGUCGCGGUCAUCACUGGUGCAUAUUGCAUCGCCCACUUUUGCCACUAUGCAACAACCACCACAUCUACCUCCUUUAACGAGAUUUAUGAAAAGUCCCGAAGCCAAACAAAGGGGAUCUCGGAAAGGGCUCGUUUUUGCUACUGAUGAUACUGAUGAUGAGGAUGUGGUAGUUGGUGGGGGUGGAGGAGAGGAUGAUGGGGACGAUUCUGAUAGAACGGUGGAAGAAGAUAAAUAA